AUGUCGGUUCUAAAUAAUAAAGUCAUGCCAGAACUUCCUCCGGUGUGUAUUAAAGAGAUUAUUGAGCAGGCCAGGGAUAAUAAAAAGACACUUUAUAAAUUACUUUUUGUAAAUCGUACUUGGUGUAAUAUAGUUGUACCCACCCUUUGGAGCAAUCCUUUUGAUAUUAUCGAAGAAAGUUCCAACUUAAUUAUCAACACAUAUAUUUCGUGUUUUAACUCUUAUGAAGAAAUUCAUCUUAUUAAUCAUGGAUUUGAAUUGCCACGACAACGAAUUCCUCUUUUAUACAAUUAUCCUGAAUAUUUACAAAGUUUUGAUACGGAAAAUUUUAUGGUUGCUAUUAAAAUAUGGCUUAAAAUUCGACGACCUAAACGACAGUUGAGCAAGGAUAAUUUGGAAAAAACGAAAUUUUUUGUGGAAAUGCUUGGAAACAUGUUGUUUCGUAAUUCGAGAGGUUUACAUAAUUUAACCAUAAGUCAUCAUCUUUGUCAAGACUUUAAAUGUUUGCAAGUAUCAUUCGAUGGAUUGAAACGUGGUUUGAUUAAUCUCGUCCAAUUCAAGUUUGAUUGUAAUCAUAUGUUAAUAGGGGAUUGUCAAGAACUUGAAGUUAUUACGAAUAUCGGGAGGAAUUUAACUUUAUUCGCGAAUAAUAUACAACAUAUCUAUAUUGGAAAUAUCAAAUCCAUUAAAAUAUUAAAAGCAUUUCUUCAAUUAAUUAGAGCACAAUCAAAUCUUACCAGCUUAGAGUUUGAAUCGUGGGAGAAAACUUCUAUAUUUGAAGCAUAUUCAAUCAUAACGAGUCAAUUUGAUACAUUGAAAUAUUUGAAAUUGAAUGGAAUCAUUAAUAUUUAUACAUUAGUUUCCGUUUUAAAAUUUUUCACGAAUUUGGAAUCAUUGGUACUUUAUAAUUAUCAUGAAUUUGGGAAUGAACAACUUCAACAAAAUUUUCGAGAUAGGCUUCCGGUUAUCAACCUCAAGAAUUUAUACAUUUUGAAAUCAAAUCAUACAACGAAAAUUUGUUUAGAAUCACUUAUUAAAUCCGCAAAAUUUCAUAACCUUCAAUCACUUAACCUGGAUGAAGUCACCCCAAGGAUACUUAAAAUAAUUCAAAAACAUUUUGUGAACUUGAAAAGUUUAUUUAUUUUCAUAUCAGAUUCAUACCUUUCAAAUAUAAUGCAAAUUCUUCCUUCAUUAAGAUCAUUACAAAAAUUGGUUCUCUCGGAAACAAGAAAAGGACGAUGGAAAUCUCAAAAUCUUCAAUCAUUAGCUAAAACUUUUCCUACUUCUUUAAUUAACUUGGGAAUAUUUGCAUUGAUAAGUGAUAAUGAAUUGGACACUUUCUUAAAAUCAUUAACUGUGGAAAUACACGAAAUGAAUUUAUUCAAUGAGGAGAUGACGAAUGAUAGAGUUUUGGAUGUGAUCACGAAUUACGCCGAAAAUAAUGGAUAUUUAAAGAAAGUCGGUUUCAAUAUUGGAAAAAGUGGAAAAUUUAUGUUUUCUGACUCUGUGUUGGAUAGAGCGAGAAAAUUGAUCGGAGAGAUUAAACCCGUGAAAUUGGAAUGGAUUCCGGAAAUUUUCAAAUGA